AUGUGGCCCCUGUGGCCUCUUGCAGCCCUGCUGGCCCUGAGCCAGGCCCUGCCCUUUGAGCAAAAAGCCUUCUGGGACUUCACCCUGGACGAUGGGCUGCCCAUGCUGAAUGAUGAGGAAGCUUCGGGUGCAGAAACAACCUCGGGCAUCCCAGACCUGGACUCCCUCCCACCCACCUACAGCGCCAUGUGCCCUUUUGGCUGCCACUGCCAUCUGCGGGUUGUUCAGUGCUCCGACCUGGGUCUGAAGGCUGUGCCCAAGGAGAUCUCGCCCGACACCACCCUGCUGGACCUGCAGAACAAUGACAUCUCUGAGCUCCGAAAAGAUGAUUUCAAAGGCCUCCAGCACCUCUAUGCCUUGGUCCUCGUGAACAACAAGAUCUCCAAGAUCCACGAGAAGGCCUUCAGCCCCCUGCGGAAGCUGCAGAAGCUCUACAUCUCCAAGAACCACCUGGUGGAGAUCCCUCCCAACCUGCCCAGCUCCUUGGUGGAGCUCCGCAUCCAUGACAACCGCAUCCGCAAGGUGCCCAAGGGCGUGUUCAGUGGGCUUCGCAACAUGAAUUGCAUUGAGAUGGGUGGGAACCCCCUGGAGAACAGUGGCUUUGAACCUGGAGCCUUUGAUGGCCUGAAGCUCAACUACCUUCGCAUCUCCGAGGCCAAGCUCACUGGCAUCCCCAAAGACCUCCCCGAGACCCUCAAUGAACUCCACCUGGACCACAACAAAAUCCAGGCAAUCGAGCUAGAGGAUCUGCUCCGCUACUCCAAGUUGUACAGGCUGGGCCUGGGCCACAACCAGAUCCGCAUGAUUGAGAACGGGAGCCUGAGUUUUCUGCCCACGCUGCGGGAGCUGCACUUGGACAACAACAAGCUGUCCAGGGUACCGGCUGGUCUUCCAGACCUCAAGCUCCUCCAGGUGGUCUAUCUGCACACCAACAACAUCACCAAGGUGGGCGUCAACGACUUCUGCCCGGUGGGCUUCGGGGUCAAGCGGGCCUACUACAACGGCAUCAGCCUCUUCAACAACCCUGUGCCCUACUGGGAGGUGCAGCCGGCCACCUUUCGCUGCGUCACUGACCGCCUGGCCAUCCAGUUUGGCAACUAUAAAAAGUAG